AAAAGGCAUCACGGCGAAGCCAUAGUUUCAUUUGUUCGUAUCGGAUAAGAAAGAACAUCUCGAGUCUCGACGAAGACGACUCUCCCUCCGAUCUCAACCUAAUUUUCGUCGGGGAAGCUGUAAUUCUCGCGGAGAACAAAUCCCGGAGCUUGUCGGAAUCUCAAAUCCCAUAGACGGAAGAGGCCCAGCAGCAAGAGUAAAAUUUAUAUGAAUCCAAUGAGUGAAGAAAACGUCAGUUAUGGAGGUAAUCAGAAGCUACUACAUCAAGGAAGCGGAACUAUUCCCGCUCUAGCGGAUGAAGAACUGAUGGGUGAAGAUGAUGACUAUGAUGAUCUCUAUAGCGAUGUUAAUGUGGGCGAGAGCUUCUUCCAAGCUCAUCAUCAGCCUCAAACACCAGCUCAAGUCGGUGGUACAGGUAGUGGAAAUAUUCAAGCUCAGAAUAGUAAUGUUGCUGAACCGAGAAUGGCAAAUGUAUCUGGAGUUACUGUUGAAGGGAAGUACCGUAAUGAUGGGGGUCAUAAUGGAAUCAGUGGACCAGAGACAAGAUCAGAUGUUUAUCCACAAGCAUCUCCUUUCGGAGCAAAAGGGUCGAAUAUUGAUGUCCAAUCCAACAAAGUCAUUCCACAAGGAUCGACAUCUAUUGUGCUAAACACCCAUGGUUUUUCAGGGAAUGCAGUAAAUGUGCCUGAGCCGCCUGUGCAUAACCCCUACGGUGCUGUUCCUCAAGGUGCUCAGCAGAUACCUGUUAGCCAGAUGAAUGCGAAUCCAAAUGCAAUGGUGAACAGAAGCCCGACGCAGCCGUUUGUUGUGGACAAUGGGAACACCAUGCUUUUCGUGGGAGAGUUACAUUGGUGGACGACUGAUGCAGAGAUUGAGAGUGUUCUUUCUCAGUAUGGAAGAGUCAAAGAGAUCAAGUUUUUCGACGAGAGAGUUAGUGGCAAAUCUAAAGGUUAUUGUCAAGUGGAAUUUUAUGAUUCAGCUGCUGCAGCCGCUUGCAAAGAAGGAAUGAAUGGUUUUGUUUUCAAUGGUAAAGCAUGUGUUGUAGCCUUUGCUUCUCCUGAAACACUGAAGCAGAUGGGAGCUAAUUUCACAGGGAGAAACCAAGGACAAAACCAAAUUCAAAACAGAAGGCCUCUGAAUGAAGGAAUGGGAAGAGGUAACAACAACAACAACAACAUGAAUACGCAAAAUGGAGACGGUGGAAGAAAUUACGGGAGAGGUGGAUUUGCGCGUGGUGGCCAAGGAAUGGGAAACCGUGGAGGUCCUUGGGGUGGUGCAAUGAGAGGUAGAGGGAUAAACAACAUGGCUAACGGUUCUGGUGCUGGACCGUAUGGGCCUGGACUUGCUGGUCCAUCAUUUGGGGGUAUGAUGCAUCCACAGGGUAUGAUGGGAGCUGGUGGGUUUGAUCCUACAUUCAUGGGUCGUGGUGGUGGUUAUGGAGGGUUCUCAGGUCUUGCUUACCCCGGGAUGCCUCAUUCUUAUCCUGGUGUCAAUGCAAUGGGAAUGGUUGGGAUUGCUCCUCAUGUUAAUCCCGCUUUUUUUGGCACGGGAAUGGGAACGAUGGGAAGCUCGGGGAUGAAUGGAGCUCAUGCAGCAGCGAUGUGGAACGAGGCUAAUGGAGGAGGAGGUGGUGAAGAGGGUGGCUCUGAAUAUGGUGGCUAUGAAGAUGAAAACCAGGAGAAAGAAGAUAAGCCAUCGCGAGAUAAAGAACGGGCUACCACGGAACGUGAGUGGUCUGAGAGUAGUGGUGAUAGAAGACACAAGAGUCACCGUGAAGAGAAAGAUAGUCACCGCGAGUAUAAGCAGCAGAGAGACCGUGAUUCUGAUGAGUACGAUAGAGGACAAUCUUCUAUGAAAUCUCGAAGCAGAUCAAGAAUGGCAGAAGAUGAUCAUAGGUCCAGGUCAAGAGAUGCAGACUAUGGAAAGAGAAGACGAGGAGACUGAAAAAAGGAAACUCUCAUGCUCGUCGUGUCUCUCUUUCUGCAUCGCAAACGAUACCGGUUUAAGUUACUCUGCCUACUACCUUAAUCUACUUAUCAUUAAAAUGUUUGAUACAAUGUUUCUCUAUACCUUGUUUACUGGUAAACUGUCUUUGGAGAUGAGCAUAUAUAUUUGUAAACUAUGUUUGCGUUUUUGCUUUUGUUAAAGGUUCUUCAUUUGUUA